CUGCCGUGGGGCCUGAGGGAAAGAGAGUUGUGCGGUAUCCGGUCAGAGUGGAGGGGGGGAGCCAUGGCCAAGUACAAGGGUCCGGUGAAGUUCGACGAGGUGGCGGUGGUCUUCUCGGAGGACGAAUGGAACCUGUUAACGGAUCAGCAGCGCGGGCUCUACAUGGAAGUGAUGAAGGAGAACUACGAGCACCUAAUCUAUCUAGGCUUUGAAGUUCCUGUUAUCUUAUCCUUGCUGCAGGAUGGAGGAGGGAUCGGCAGCGAUACAGUCACCCAAUCAAAAUCCCAGCAAGUGGCCGGAGCUGAGGAGUCUAAAUCCAGCGUUACGUUAGAAGGACCCAUCCCUGAAACCCUUCCCUCAAACCUAAAGAGCAAAGAUCCGGGAGGUAAGAAGAAGCCGGCCAAGAGCGUCCAUUGGAAAGAUGAAGAAAUGGAUACAAACGGGAGUGGCUAUAGCCACGAUGAAAACCACGACGAGCAGUUGCCUAGCAGUCCUAAUGGGAGGAGCCUACGGAAGCGCAAGCAGUACUUUUGCCACGACUGUGAGAAAUGUUUCAAGCACAGCUCUGCGCUGGAAGCCCACCGCAGGGUCCAUAGCGGAGAUAAGCCGCAUCAGUGCGACAUCUGCAAAGAGACCUUCAGCUACAAGUCUGCGCUUAUUGUGCACCGCCGGCUCCAUUCCCAAGCGUCAACAAGCAAAUCCCAAGAGGAAGAAAACCAGAAGCCGGCCGAGACUGCACCCGUCGUCGUAAAACCCCCUUCACCAGUAAACACUACACUUGAAAACCCCCCUGUAAGUCCAACAGCCCCAGCUGUGAGCGCCAGCGCUCCCGUUGUCAAUACACAGGUAGUCAACUCCAACAGCACAGUGGUCAACUCAUACGGGGAAAAACCUCACAAAUGCAACUACUGUGACAAAAGGUUUAACGACUUAUCCAUCCUGGAAGCGCACCACCGCAUCCACACGGGGAAGCUGGCCUACCCGUGCACCAUGUGCGAUCAGAGUUUUUCCAAGCCGUCGCUGCUCGCCGCCCACAACAACACCCACAAGGAAGGCAAGCCCUACCAGUGCGACCAGUGCGACAAGAACUUCAACGACCAGUCGCUGCUCGUGGCGCACAAAAGAACUCAUACCGGCGAGAAACCGCAUAAAUGCAGCCACUGCAACAAAUGGUUCCCCAACCGAACCACCUUGAUCGCCCACGAGGAGUGCCACUUGAAACCCAAGCCCUACAAGUGCAAGCACUGCGAGAAGAGCUUCAACGAUAAGUCGCUGCUGGUCACCCACGAAGGCGUCCACACCGACACCAAGCCGUUCAAAUGCAACCAGUGCCCCGAAAGCUUCUUCUUAAAGACUCAGUUGAUGGUUCACCAAGCGACCCACGCGCCGGAGAAGCCCUUCCCCUGCAGCCAAUGUGAGAGGAGCUUCAACAAGAAAGAGACUUUGCUAGCACACAUCCGGGUUCAUAACCUACAGAACGUUCAAACACAGAAGCCUCACAGGCAGUGAGGGGGGUCGUGGAAACGCUCCGGGCCAGGAUACAGCUGCGGUUUUGCCCCUCUGAGCAUUCUGCUUGUAAAUUGGAACCUGUUACCAUAGACACUCUGUCUAAAUGUAUAAUGCUGGACCAUUACAGGGGGUAUGUGUAUAAAUUCAGGAUAUUUUUUAAUUUGUUACAUUUCAUGUUCCCCUAGCCCAAGCUGAAACGAUUGCCCUCGAAAAGCCCAAAUCUAUGGUGGGAGCCAUAUUUGUAAAUUGCAUGUCUUAAAUAAGCAGCGGCUUCCUUGACUUCUCCCCCUGAUCCAAGACUACCGGCGACUUAAAGAGACGCGUUUUGUGGCACAGCGGAGGAGGACGCUUGUGUUAUUGCCAACUCCACCCAUUAGUACAGUGUGGGAGUGGCUUAUUGAAACGGCACGGUGUCACUCCUGCAGUGCAUAAGACUGUCUUUUUAGUGCAGUAUAUACAGCUCCUGUAUGGAAAUAUUUCACAUAUACGUGUCUCCUAACUAGACACCUAAAUACAGUGAUUUAAUUGCUACAUCUGGUUUUUUGGACUUUGCCUUUAUUAUGGUCCAUAAGCAAAACAAUCUUAUUCGUUCUUUUUUUUUCUGGGCGUUGCUGGCAGAAUACAUUGAAUAUACUCAAUGUCAGUUAAUUGAUCGUGCUCAGUAGGUCUUGGCUGUGGAAGAUUGCCGAAGUCUUGGCGGCGGUAUAUUGGCACAGGUGCAGCAGUGAGCUUCUGUUUGUGGCCUUCCUGUUGUUGUUGAACUGCAGUCAGGGUUGGACUGGGGGGUGACGGGCCACCCAGCACCCCCCUAAGGUACCACUGCCCGGCGCCCAGACCCUGACUGCAAUGGCUAGUAUUUAGGAAUGCUGGGAGGAGUUGCCGUUCGGAGAGCCACAGCUUGGGUGUAGCUGCUGUACAAUUGGACGUUCUUUAUAGCCGCAACUGCCCGGCUUCUUCUUCACCCAUAGCCAUCUUUUCCAUGGUCUCCCACCUAUUGCAUUCAUCAUGGCUGCUCAGAAGAUACUGAUUACUUGUCUUAGCCUUCUGUGAAUCUCCAUCUACACUUGGGACCCCCCCGAAAUUGGAAAUGCACCUUUAAAUAAAUUGUAGUCUUUUGCA